UGACUUACGCAUCAAUCUGCGCCGUAUGCUCUCUCACCCAUAUGCUUAUUCAAAUGAUUUACGCUCGAUUCAAAAGAGCGCCUAGCUGACUUGCGGUCGAGGUUUCGAUAUACGUGUAUGCGAGAGAGAAAGAGAGACAGAGAGAGAGAGAGGGAUAUUCGCUCUAUCUUGAGAACGUCUAUUUUUAUACCGGCAGAGCGAGACUGAUCUCGCUGCCAUCUGUGAAGCGGCUUCACACGCGGAUCUGGGUGCACUUGUGCACGACCUCGACUCCGGAUUUGUGUCUUCUAGAAGGAAUGGAUGUGGUGGUUUCUGUGAUGUUGCAUGACAACAGUUUUUCUUGUGCAAUCUUGCCUAGAAUGUGAACAAUGAUCUCUUCGAGGAGUGACAGUUGUAUGUUUAAUCACAAGUUGAGCUUCAACAAGGGAAACCAGUAUCGUGCGAAGAAGAAAUGAUAUACAUUUGCUUUUGUACUUUAGCAGAUAUACACAUUAAGUUUGGCUACUCCAUUUUUUUGGAAUAUAUACCAUAAAGUAAGAAAACUCAAGGAUAUAAUAGCACAGUACACAUAUCUGACGGAUAGUCUCAAGCAAUAUGCCUUCUACUUGUGGGGAUAUGGCCGAUAUAACUGCUGCCUCGCAAUUAGGCAUCAUGGAAGGCAUUUCCAGUACAGACAGUGUUGGAACGCAAAGUGACAUAUCAGGACACACAACUGUACCAGGAAGGCCCAGGAUGGAUGUAGCCUGUGUCUUGGAUUUGCAACAACCAGAACAUCUUGCUCAGCGAAAGAAAGCAUUAGAUGAAGUUAGACAAGCCUGUAAUUUGGUCAAUGCUAAUAUACAUCAUAUUCAGUUUGAAAAGCUUGAUUUUGGUGAAACCAAUGUGUUGGACACAUUUUAUAAUGCUGAUGUGGCGGUUGUUGAUUUAAGUAUUCAGUUGCAACAAUCUGCAUUAUUUUACCAUCUUGGUGUCAGAGAAAGUUUUGGAAUGAAGGAAAACAUAUUGCUAUAUAAUGAUGUAGAUACAGAGGCUACAAUUAGACUUAAGUUAUCCUGUGGCAGCUAUACAUUCGUUUCAUAUCGUGUUGUGGAAUCUUGUGGCUCAUGUGUAGCUACUAAUCCAGCAACCAGCAGAAUUACGGGCGAAGAAGCGAUAGAUCCCAAACAGCAUCUCACUUUGAAACUUAAGAAAUUGUUUCAAGAUGUGGAAAUACAAUCCAAAGCACAUAUGAAGGAGAAAUUUCUAGCAGACCUGCGCAAGGCGCGCGAGACAUAUUCUGGAGAGGAACUUUCUAGAGCUCUGAAUAACAUGCGUAAACGUUUAGAUGAUCCAAACGUUUUAUCGGGAGAAGUUGUUUUAAAUGUGCUUAUUUCAUUUCGGGAAAUACAGGAUUACGAUGCAAUGGUACAAUUGGUUGAUGAUUUAAAAACCAUACCAACUCACAAAAAUUAUAUCAAUACACCAGCUAUAAGAUAUUUAUAUGCGUUUGCUUUAAAUCGACGAAACAAAGAAGGCGAUCGAGAAAGAGCAUUAAAAGUCAUCGAAAAAGCGUUAGAGAAGAAAGAAAAUCAUGUUCCAGAUAUGUUGUGUUUAUGUGGAAGAAUAUAUAAAGACAUAUUUGUGGAAAGUAGGCAUACAGAUCAGGAAAGUUUAAAGAAUGCAAUCCACUGGUAUAGAAAAGGUUUUGAGGUUCAACCUAAUGAAUAUGCUGGUAUAAAUCUUGCUACUUUAUUGGUCAUAGCUGGAAACGAAUUCUCUAAGAGUGAAGAGUUACAACACAUAGGAAUGGUACUAAAUAAUUUAAUUGGCAAGAAAGGCAGUUUACCGAGCUUGAAGGAUUAUUGGGAUGUAGCAACCUUUUUUGAAAUUAGUGUAUUAGCAGAAGAUUAUUCAAAGGCAAUACAAGCAGCUGAAUGUAUGUUUAAAUUGAAGCCACCAAAUUGGUAUCUGAAGUCGACAAUAGGCAAUAUAUCACUGAUAGAUAGAUUUCGUAAAAAUGAGGAAGCUGAAAUUGCACCGGAGGAACAAAUAUUUAGUUUCUGGAUGGACUACUUUGUCGAAGCUACAAAGGCGGAGGUUGGCGAUAGUAUACGGUUUCCAAUUUUAGUGCUGGAACCAACAAAAAUCUUAAUGCCAAGUUAUGUGAAUGUAAAUCUUGGCGCAGAGGAGAAGUCUAUACAAAUAUGGAAUUUGUGUUUGGAUAAUAUGAGAAAUAACUGUAAACAAGUUCAUGAUUGGUUGUUUACUGCAAAUAUGAUACGUAGUGUAAGUUUGUACAAGAGGGACGAGAGAUGCCUUUUCUUAUAUGUACAUCAAAAUUCAGACGAUUUUCAAAUGUACUUGCCAUCAGUACAAUGUAGACAAAGAUUUUACGAUCUGAUCUUAGAAAUGACUAGGGAUCAGGAAGGCAUGGUUACAGAUUUGGAUGCUUAUAUGACUGAUGAUUGCAUGAAGUUCGAGUAUGAAUUGGAUGAUCAAAAUAAGCGUAUAAUACUUGGCAAAGGUACAUAUGGCAUGGUGUAUGCAGCACGCGAUUUGAAUACGCAAGUUAGAAUUGCAGUAAAAGAAAUUCGUGAACGAAAUUUGGGUGAUGUACAGCCUCUUCAUGAAGAGAUUAAAUUACACAGUCAAUUGAGACACAGAAAUAUCGUGCAAUAUUUGGGUUCAGUAAGCGAGAAUGGAUAUUUUAAAAUUUUCAUGGAACAAGUUCCUGGAGGAAGUUUAUCUGCUUUAUUAAGAUUGAAAUGGGGUCCUUUGAAAGAAAAUGAAUCAACCAUCUCAUAUUACACUAAACAAAUGUUGGAAGGUCUUAAAUAUCUCCAUGAUCAAAAAAUAGUUCAUAGAGAUAUAAAAGGCGAUAAUGUAUUGGUAAAUACAUAUAGUGGAGUGGUAAAAAUAUCUGAUUUCGGUAUGUCGAAACGUUUGGCUGGCUUAUGCCCAAGUACAGAAACAUUUACCGGAACAUUACAGUACAUGGCACCAGAAGUUAUUGACAAGGGUCAACGUGGAUAUGGUGCGCCUGCGGAUAUUUGGUCUUUAGGUUGCACAAUAGUUGAAAUGGCAACUGGAAAGCCUCCAUUUAUCGAACUAGGUUCUCCACAAGCAGCUGUUUUUAAGGUGGGGUAUUACAAAAUACAUCCUGAGAUACCAUCAGAAUUGUCUGAGAGAGCGAAAAGUUUUAUACUGCGCUGUUUCGAGCCAAAUCCUGAUAUAAGGGCAACUGCUGCAGAACUAUUGGAGGAUCCAUUUCUUAAUGAGAAAAAGAAAAGCAGUAGAUUAGCUGCACCACCAGAUUUCAGUAGAAGUAUAUCAGUUCCUGCAGACAGAGUGGAACGUUUAGGGAAAUGUGAUAAAACGAAUAAUAACCAUAUUGUUGCUGCCAUCCCUAUGCAGACAUGUCAAUCAGAUGAUGGUGGUGGGUUAACGAAGUCAAGUCCAUUGAGGGAACGCAGUCCGGCCCACCUAUUAUCUCCCAUCAGCAUGCCUACUUCAACCCUUUCUUUUAACAGUACAAUAGGGAAUACUCCAUCGAUAGAAACCAGUGAAAGUGAUGCAGCAGGUGCUUCAAUAACACGAAGAAGUUCAUCUGGUGGGCUGUUAUCGCCGGAAGUUGAAUUGGGAGGACAACCAGGACAAAAAUCGGGAGAAGAACAAGAGGGAUUUUAUUUAUUAAAAAAGGAUAGUCAAAGACGCAUGACAUUAACGAGGGUUCUCAAUCAAGAUGAGGCAAAAAUUUGCGAAGUUUGGAUGAGAGGAAUACAUCAAGCAGAGGGACAAACAGUGUUGCAGAUGAGUCACCUGGUGUUGCUCAUGCGUGGUUUGAGGGAUUAUAUCGCCGAGCAAAAUCAGGAAGUAAUAGUGACUGCUAUUCGAACACUGAAAGAGGAAUUGGAUUUCGAUUCAACCGCUAUUAAUCACUUACAUUUGGCCAUUUAUUUAUUUCAAACGGCAGUAAACGAAGUUCUCAGAAUGCACAGUAUAAAGCCACAUUGGAUGUUUGCUUUAGAUAACUUGGUCAGAAAUGCCGUUCAAGCUGCUAUCACCGUGUUAUCUCCUGAAUUGGGAGCUAACUUACUUGGACAAGAGCGAGUGCAACCUGGUGGUCAAGGACCCGAAGAAGGCUCAACAUCUGGAGUGUCGACAGUAAAUUCUGUAAAAUCGCAAAAAACCGCUGAUUCCAUUGAUAAUAAGUAUUGGAAAGAAUAUAGAGAUCAAAUGGGAGCGCUAAAAAUGGAAAACAUGAAGCUGCUUCAGGAAUUGAUAGAAAGUCAAAAAACGUAUCAGACGUUAUUACAGCAGGCCCUCGAAGAGCAGAGACUCCAAGUUAAUACAUUGACGCAUCUGUGUGAAAAUAUUAAUAGAAGAACAACGAGACAGGAAUCGGGUUAUAAUUCUUGCAUCUUGCCAAAUCUAUUUCAACAAUCAACGUCCUCGACCGAUACACAUAACAGUACUACUUUGCAUCCAGAUAUGGCUCUUGUCAAUUGGUUAAGAGAUCUUCAAGUAGAUGAUACAUCGAUCGAUAGGUUCACAUAUGAGGAAUAUACACUGGAAGAUAUUUUACAUCAUGUUACACGAGAUGAUCUUCGCAGGUUAAACUUAAGGGGAGGAAUUGAACUCAGGAUAUGGCAGGCCAUAAUGAAAUAUAAAACAUGAAAAAUAAUGGCAAUUAAUGCAAAUUAUAUCUAUUUUUUCGUCAUUGUUAGUGACGGAAUAUUAGUAGUAACUGAAGUUUCAAGCAGGGUAAAACAUAUUUGUCUCACGUGCGCAACAAAAUUAUUUAGUUUAUCACAAGAUAAAAAUAAUGCUUUAAAUCGAUCAUAUACAUAGAUGCUACACUAUUAUACUGGGGACACAAAUCAAACUUCCAUAGAAAGAGAAUUUUUUUAUGACAUGAUGAUAUUAUCUGUCGUAGUUCUUACAAAAAAUACAUUAAUAUUACUCUUUACAAAAAUAAUUAUAUAAGAAAUUUGUGCAAUUGAUGAUUUAUGUGAACAUAAUGUAUUAUUUUUGAGUAUAUUUUAUUAC